GCAGCCUGAGCCAGUCUGCCUAAGGCAGCAGGAGAGCUGGUCUAGCCCAACUGCCCGCAGCCUCAGGGAGCAGAGGCUGCCCCUUGAGAGGGGGACUGGGGCAGGAAGUGGGCUCUUUAGGGCCUUGUGCCAUCGCAGGGACUCCAGAAAGCCAUGCAGAGCCUAGAGCCAUGAAGGACUGCUCAGAUAUCGUCCUCUGUGUGGAGACGACAGAGCUGAGCAAGACUGAGUUCUGCAAUCCUGCUUUCGAGCCUGAAUCAGGGCCACCCUGCCCCCUCCCCGCCCUCCGGGAGGACGCCAACUGCAGCAUCCGAGCUCCCUGGCAUGGUCGGCAUCCCCGACGGCUGCAGCCGGACUGCCGCUUCUCCUGGCUGUGUGUCCUUCUGCUGGCCGGCCUGCUGCUCCUGCUGCUCGGGCUGCUGGUGGCCAUCAUCCUGGCCCAAUUGCAGGCUACAGCCCCCCCCGGGGCCACCUACCAUCCACUGCCUUCCCGAGGCCUCGCCACCAUUGACACCACCCCUGCCACCUCCACCACCACCUCCCAGGCAACUGGGACCCCGAGAGGGCAACCGGAGGUAGGAGUGAGCCUCGCACCCCACUCCGCCUGUGGGGGCCUCCUUCCUGGCCCAAGGGGCUUCUUCAGCAGCCCCAACUACCCAGACCCUUACCCACCCAACGCCCACUGCGUGUGGCAUAUCCAGGUGGCCACAGACCAUGCAAUACAGCUCAAGAUCGAAACUCUCAGCACGGAGAGUGUGGCCUCUUGCCUUUUCGAUCGCUUGGAAAUCUCUCCUGAGCCUGAAGGCCCCCUCCUCAGAGUAUGUGGGAGGGUGCCUCCCCCCACACUCAACACCAAUGCCAGCCGCCUCCGGGUGGCCUUCGUCUCUGACAGCAGUGUGGAAGGAUCUGGCUUCCAUGCCUGGUACCAGGCUGUGGCCCCUGGACAUGGGAGCUGUGCCCACGAGGAGUUCCCCUGUGACCAGUUCGUCUGCUUGCUGCGUGACUCCGUGUGUGACGGCUUUGCCAACUGUGCUGAUGGCAGUGAUGAGACCAACUGCAGUGCCAAGUUUUCAGGGUGUGGGGGGAACCUGACUGGGCUUGAGGGCACUUUCUCUGCUCCCAGCUACCUGCAGCAGUACCCUCACCAACAGCUUUGCACCUGGCAUAUCUCGGUGCCUGCUGGACAUGGCAUCGAACUGCUCUUCCACAACUUCAGCCUGGAAGCUCAGGACGAGUGCAAGUCUGACUACGUGGAGGUGUACGAGGCCCGCAGCUCAGGGGCCCUCAGUCUCCUGGACAGGUUCUGCGGAGCAGAGCCGCCCCCGCGUCUCGUCUCCUCGUACCACCAGCUGGCAGUGCUCUUUAGGACAGACCAUGGCUUCAGCGUUGGGGGCUUCUCAGCCACCUAUCGGGCCCUCAAUGCCACAGAGAGCCCCUGUAGGCCCGGAGAGUUCCCCUGCCAGGAUGGAGGGUGUAAGAGUCUGCAGUGGAUGUGCAGCACGUGGCGAGACUGCGCCGAUGACAACUGCAGCAGCCCCUUGUUCCCAACCCCAGAGCUGGCCUGUGAGCCUGUCCAGGUGGAGAUGUGCGUCGGUCUGAGCUACAACACCACGGCCUUCCCUAACAUCUGGGUGGGCAUGACCACCCAGGAAGAGGUGGUGGAGGUCCUCAGAGGUUACAAGAGCCUGACAAGCCUGCCCUGCUACCAGAAUUUCCGGAGGCUCCUUUGCGGGCUGCUGGUGCCCCACUGCACCCCACUAGGCAGCGUCCUUCCCCCUUGCCGCUCUGUCUGCCAGGAGGCAGAGCACCAGUGCCAGUCUGGCCUGGCGCUAUUGGGCACCCCCUGGCCCUUCAACUGCAACAGGCUGCCUGAGGCAGCUGGCCUGGAGGCUUGUGCCCAGCCCUGAUCCUGAGGCGGGGCCCUUGCCCUCUGUUACACACCCUCUUUUGCCCAUCAGGGUGGGCAGGCAAGGGGGCAAGGGAAGGGGCCCAGCAUGGAACUCUGCCCAUCCCCCUCACCUCGGGGUCCUCCCAGGGAGGGGAAGAGGAGUCCUCAGUGCCGCUAGUGGAGCCCUCCCACCUUCCCACAUCCUCGCCUAUGCCUUUACUUUCCCCAGCUGCUGCAAACAGCUGGCCUGACUCCACGCUGUACCACUGACAAUCUGGAGCCCUUCCCACCCAAGGGUCUGACCUUGACUUCCUGUUUUCUGCCUUCCCCAUCUCCCAUCUGGUUUUUCAGGCUCUCUACCACCCGCCUUCUGACAUUUUCAUUUAUUCAACAGAAAAUGUCAUCUAGAGUCUAGUUACGUGGCAGGGCCUGUUCUGAGCCCUGGCCAUCCAGUUGUCUACUGCUGCUCUAGAACCCUCCACCCUCAGUUUUCAGCUUCUAUUUCUCCUGGAUUUAUCCUUGGUCUCUGUC